AGCGCGGUCGGCGGCGGAGCGGGGCCGAGAUGCCCGCGGCGCUCGUCCGCCUGCUCGCCCUGAGCUGCCUUGUCCAUGCAGGCCAAGGCGCCUACUUCUCCCAGGAGCCUGAGGACCAGGUGGUGGUGGCUGGCCAGGCCGUGACGCUGCCCUGCGUGAUUGUAGGCUACCAGGGCAUGGUACAGUGGACCAAGGACGGGCUGGCCCUGGGUGGAGAGCGAGACCUUCCAGGCUGGGCACGCUAUUCGCUGGCGGGGGCAGCUGGGGCGGGGCAGCAUGGGCUCAGCAUCGCAGCGGCUGAACUGGGCGACGACGCAGAGUAUGAGUGCCAGGCCACACAGGCUGCCCUGCGCUCCCGGCCUGCCCGCCUCACAGUGCUGCUGCCCCCCGAGGAGCCGGUGAUUGAAGAGGGGCCGCGAGUGCCAGUCCAGGCCGGGCGGGCCCAAAACCUGACGUGCCGGGCAGGGGGCGCCAGGCCAGCCCCCGAGCUCCGCUGGGCCCGUGAUGGGCAGCCCCUCACUGGCGCCCUCUAUGCCAAGGAGCCAAUGGCGGACGGGCAGCGGGAGUCAGCAGUGAGCACCCUGCGCCUCGUGCCCAGUGUGGCUGAUGCUGGCGCCACCUUCACCUGCCACGCCAGCAACCCCGCGGCCCCAGCGGGCCGGCAGGUCACGGCCACCCUCGACGUGCAGUACCCCCCCACUGUGGUCCUGUCCGUGGAGCCCCCAACAGUCCCUGAGGGGGGCAAAGUCCGCUUCCUCUGCGAGGCCACGGCCAACCCCCAAGUGACCUCCUACCGGUGGACAAAGGGGGGCAUGGCCAUCGCAGGGGCCGAGGGCCCAAGCUACGAGGCAACGGUUGACCACUCAUUCUUCACCCAGCCCGUGUCAUGCGAGGCUGCCAAUGCCGCUGGAGCCACCAACAUCACCACCCUGGUGGAUGUACACUUCGGGCCCCGCCUCCUGGCCCCACCCACACCCCUCACCGUGGACAUUGGGGCUGAUGCCACCUUCACCUGUGCCUGGAGCGGGAACCCGCCCCUCACCCUGGCCUGGACCAAGAAGGGCUCCAGUGUGGUGCUGAGCAAUGGGAACACGCUGCGCCUGACAGCUGUGACGCAGGACGACGCGGGCACCUAUGUGUGCAAGGCCAUCGUGCCCCGUGUGGGUGUGGCCCACCAGGAGGUCACGCUCACAGUCAACGGCCCGCCUAUCAUUGAGCUGGACCCAGGGCAGCCAACAGUGCCAGGGGCCCAGGGGCGGCUGGAGUGCGUGGUGGGCAGCUCGCCACCCCCUGACCGCAUCGCAUGGGCGUGGGGCGAGCGGGCACUGGCACUGGAGGCCGGGCCCGGGCGUUUCGUGGUGGACACAGCACCCUGGGGGCGGGGCCUGCGAUCAGCGCUGCUCAUCCAGCCACUGCAGGACGAGGACUUUGCCCGGCCCUUUAACUGCACUGCCUGGAACCGCCACGGCGCUGCCUCCGCCGCCACCAGCCUGCGCCGUGCUGAUGUCCUGCCCAUCACAAUCAUCGGGGCCUCGUCUGCUUCCGCCACCCUGGUGCUGGCUGUGCUGAUCGCCGUGGUCUCCGUGUGCUGCCGGCGUCGGUGCUGCCGGAAUGCCCAGAGGGGCACCAAGCUGUCGCCAACGGACGUCCUGGUACAGAUCACCUCAGCCGACAGUAGCCCCGGGCGGCCCAGUGAGGACGAGGGGCCUCGGCAGCCUGUGGCCACCAGCAGUGAGUCCCCGGCCACCUCCCACACAGAGCACAGCGAGAUCCUGGAGGAUGACAAUGGGAGCCAGGACAUUAAGGACCCGACUAAUGGCUACUACAAGGUUCGAGCCCAUGAAGAGCCGCCCCUUGGGCCCAGCAGCUUCUCAGACUACUCGCCAGCCCCGCCCGCACUCUAUGCCCCGCCCCCUGGCAGCCUCUUCCCGGGCCAGGCCAAGCUGUAUGACUAUGCCCACCGCUACACCCUGGGGGCACCGGGGUCCUUGCGGACAACCUUUGACCCCCAUGAGCGCCUCUUCCCACCAGACGGGGGUUACAGCGGGGGCUACCUCACAGCCCCCUACACCCGGGCCUUCACCAGCUAUAUCAAGCCAGGAGCCUACGAGAAGGCCGAGAGCGGCUAUGAGGCCUCGGACCAGGCUAGCAAGGCCUCGGGCUGCUCCCGCCUCUCCUACACCUCUCUCUCACAGCAGUCAGACUAUGGGCGCCCGGCCCACCAGCGUAUGCAGACACACGUGUGACACCCGGUGAGGCCCAGCCCCCACCUGGCCAGCGGGGCAUGUAUACAAAAGCCCGUUGCCAAUGGCUGGGGGACAGCAUACUUGGUUGAUUCAAGAUGCCUGCUGUUGACUCUUAAGCCCUUAGCCAUGGAUUCAAGGUGGCUGCUAUUGAGCCAAGAUGGCUGCUGUUGGCUACUGAGACCCCACCCAUGGACUCAAGGUGGCUGCCGUUAACCCAUGAGCCCUAACCAUCCAUUCAAGAUGGUUACCAUUGAAUCAAGAUGGCCACCGUUGCUACUGCAACCGGCAACCAUUGUUUUAAAAUGGCCAGCAGCACAACGGGUGGGGAUAUGAGCUGGGAGUGGCUUCAAGAUGGCGGACAUGAUGGGUUCAGUACGGCAGGCGGGCUGAGCACCUGCCUCUGCGCUGCGGAAAGGGAGGAUCAGGUAGUUGGUUCAAGAAGCCCUUCUAGUAGACUUCGGGGUGAGCUCCCAUUCACUGGCGAAAAAGUGGAGCCAUUGUGUUAGACCAAGGUCAAUGAGAUCGGUCCAUGAUGGCUGACAGCUCAGGGAUAACCUUCAGUUGGUCGGGGAAGAAGCCAAGCACCGGUUUCAAGAUGACCGAAGGGGGGGAAGGAGUCAAAAUGGCUGCCCCCUCUCCCCCAUUGGCUUGGGGAUAGGCCCGAGGGGCUAGGAGGGGGUGAGUGUCAUGGAGAACAGGGAAGGCCCCAGAUCCAAGAUGGUGUCAUAGGUGAACAGGAAAUGGGCCUGGUCAAGAUGGCAGCUGCAUUGCCUAGCAACCCCAGGCAGCCAACUGGGGGCUUGGGCAGCUCAUUAAUUUAUAUGCAAUUAAAGAGGAAUUAAUUAAAAGCUUUAAGGUCACUUCCUGUCAUUCCCCCAGUGUGUGAGGUCACAUCCUGUUGUCCCCUCCCAUUCCUUGGAGGCGGCCAUCUGUUAUCCCCGCCCCUCCCAUGGAGGGGAUAAAAGGUGGGGCUUCCCAGCUGGGACCAGUACAGUUGGGGCACUGGGGGGCUUCCCCUGGGCUCUGUUCUAUGCAGCUGUGCUACAUAGCUCCACCCCAGAGCUGGCUGCAUCCUGGCCCCAGCUCAGACCUCUCUGUGUUGCUGGUUGGUAGAGGGCUAGGUGGGGCUUCAGGCGUCCCAGUAGCUGAACUGGGACCAGUGUGCUGGGUUACUGGGUGGUUUCCCCUCUGCUCUGUUGUAUGCAGCUUACAUGGUACUCCACCCCAGAGCUGGCUGCAUCUUGGGACUUGAAGAUGCCUCCCUGUGUGAGGGGGGCUGCGGUUGGAGGAGUCUGGGGAGACUCCAGUCCUCCCACUACCCAACUGGAACCAGUCCAGCUGAGUUACUGGGGCUGGGGCUUUCCCUGUGCUGUUCCAUGCAGCUGUGAUACUCGGCUCCACCCCAGAGCUGGCUGCAUCUUGGCCCCAGACAUGACCUCUGGGUGCCGCUGGCGGGUGCGGAUCCCAGCAUGCUUUGCGUUGGUCCCCCGGGAAGACUGUGCCGACGCCCCGCACGCACCGCGUUGUCCGCCUCUUCUCUCGGGGGGCGGGGCUUGUGGAUAGGGGCGGGGCCUGGGGGGGCUCGGCAGGGGGCGGGGCCCGGGCGCUGCGGCUCCAGCUCCUCCCGCGGCUCCAACCCGCGACUCGAACCCGCGGCCAUGGCGCUGCCCGGCGCCGCCCUGGCCCUGGCCCUGGCCCUGCUGCUGCCGCUGCCGCCCGCCCGGGGGGGCGCCCAGGGCGCAUCACCACAGGUGGUCGGGCUGUGCGGGAAGCCAGCUCUGCGCCUGGACCUGGACACCGGGCGCUGGGCUCCUGGGCCCGGCCCCGCCCCCCACUGCCUCGGCUCCGCCCGCCAGGCCCUGGCCUACUGCCAGCAGGCCUAUCCGGAGCUGCAGAUCACCAGCGCAGUGGAGGGCCCGGAGCCCGUCACCAUCGACAACUGGUGCCGCAAGGGGCGGCCCAGCUGCCGAGGCCACCGCCACACCGUUGUGCCCUACCGCUGCCUGGUGGGCGAGUUCGUAAGCGAGGCGCUGCUGGUUCCCGACAAGUGCAAGUUCCUGCACCAGGAGAAGAUGGACUCGUGUGAGAGCUACGUGGCCUGGCACGGGGUGGCCAAGGAGGUGAGCACUGCCCCCAGGAGUCUCGGCCCCAGCUCUGGGGUUCUUAGCCCCGCUGGGGAUCCAAGCCCUGCCCCUGGAGCCUUAGCCCUGCCCCUUUGGGGGUCCCAGGCCCCGCCCCUACCACUACACCCCCUCAUCCCUUUAUGGGGCAAGGGAAGCAGAUGAUACCAUUUCCAAUAUGAGGGGAGGAAGGGGGAGACCAUUGCCCUGGUUUUGGAAGAUCCCAAAAGGGGGCAGGCUGAUACCAUUGCUCUGAAGCAGUGGGGGGGAUAGGGGGCCACCCUUAUUUGAGGGAGUAUUGGGUGACAUGGUUGUCUU